AUGGAGCAUUUAGGAGCACCCACCCCGAAGGAGCAGAAGAAGUUGGAGGAGAUCAACGUCGAUCUCAUGAUGAACGGCAUCGCCGGAAUCUACAUGAGCAUGGUCGGCCGAUGCUUCACGCACUGCAUCAACGAUUUGACCUCGAAGUCUCUUUCUGGCAAGGAGGAGAAGUGCCUCAAGACCUGCGGCGAGAAGUUCAUGAAGUACCAGCAGCGGGUCGAUUUGCGAUACGGCGAGGAGAGUGCCAAUUUGCAGUAA